AUGGCUAAAGAAGGAGACAUGUCGCUGUUUAACGAUGUGUUGGAACCAUUUAGGCGGGUUAUAAACACCGACUUGCCAAAGGAUAAGUUGUCGGCGUCUGCUAAAUUAAAUUUUUCUGAUAGUAAUCAAUCUAUCAAAGAAGGUUCUACAACUUUAUUUUCGUCGAUCAAGAGGAAAUCUGGCUUAGAAUCUCCAACUCCUGAAAAACGAAUACGUACAGAGUCAGGAUCGAACUCUAACGGUCCACCUCCAUCACCAUGGGAAGCUAAAAGACUGAAAAUUGAUUUGAUAGCCGCCAAAGCACAGAUAACCAAGCUUGAAGCUCGCGUUAAUCAUCAGCAUACAAUACGUAAGGAAAUGCAAAUACUCUUUGAAGAGGAGAAAGCGUCUUUGAUAGAACAACACAAACACGAUGAAAGGGCUCUCUCCGAUAUGGAAGAUCGUCUCAAGUUAAUAAGACGCCGGGAACUCGAAAUUAAAGAAGAAUAUAACACGGCAAUCAAAGAACACAAAGAGGCUAAGUUGAAAUGGGAAAAAGAUAGGAGUGAUCUUCAAAAGCAGAUAGCCGAGUUAAAAGACAAGCUGUUAGAAUCUGAUGUGAGCAGUAAGGAUCAGUUGUCGGAGAUGAAGAGAGAUAUGGAUGAGUUAUUACAAGCUUUAGAAGGAGCACAACAAGAGGUUCAAAUUCUAAAGAAGGAAGUAUCAAAACAAACGUCCAGGGCCGAACAAUGUUCAACUCUCCGCUCACAGUUAGAGAAACAAACAUUUGAAUUGCAACAAAUUACUAACAAAUUGAAAGAACUCGAGUAUGAAAAAGAUUCAUAUAAGGAUUGGCAACAACAAGUUAAGACGGCCCAAAAACGUCUUACAAAUAUGGCAGAGUUAGAAAAAGAAGUAGGAAGAUUACGAGCAACUGAACGAUCACUCCGAGACUCAGUGAGUAAUAAGUUACUGCUUGAAGAACAAGUCCAUAUACUGACAACGAAAGUGGAGGCGUUACAACCAGUUCAGCAGGAGUUACAUGACGCUAAGGUUAAAAUAGCAUCAUUGGAGUCUACUCUUGAAGAAUGGAAGAACGUAGCUCGUACACAUGGUAUAGAGAACGCUCGGUCUCUAUCAUCAGCCCUUGACUCGGCACUCAGUAGUCAACUGACUGCUGUGGCUGGCUGUUCACAAGCACAAUCACAAUCUGCUCAGCUCACUGAGGAAAUUGCUACAGUGAAGUUCGAACGCGAUAAGGCGACUACAAAACUGAAUGAUCUGCAAACAGUCCGUAAGAACCAGGAGAGUUUGAUACACCGGCUGCAGAAACGACUUCUACUGGUUACUAGAGAGAGGGACAGCUACAGACAACAGCUGGACUGUUACGAAAAGGAACUAACGGUGUCCAUAAGCGGAGCGGGCGAGGCAGCGGGCGGGGCCGCACUGCUAGCGGCGAGGGUUGAACAGUUGGAGAAGGCGCUACAAUCAUACCGCGACCUGCUCGCCUUACACGACCACGAACCAAAUACUAAAGCCCUGGAAUUGGCUCGAGCUGAAGCAUCUAAGUACCGCGAAGAAGCGGAGGCUGCGAAGCGUGAAGUAGCCAAGCUUAGAGCUCAAAGAGACCAACUGCAGAUGCAUUUUGAGAAACUUGCUGCGCCUACAAAAAUAUUACAUUUAGCUGACAACCCUGCAGCGGCCGCUCAGAAACAAAUGCAACUUGAAUUAGAAUCGGCACAGGAAGAGAUAAAGAAGCUAAAGGCUGCACUUCGUGAAGGAGGUUCUAGCGCUGGUGAUGACGCGCUCCGAGCACAGCUUGAAAAUAGUCGCAUUAAGCUACAGAGGAUGAAAGAGGAAUUUACAUCUUCAGCCCAAGAGUAUCGUGAUGUGUGCUAUAUGCUGCUAGGAUACAAAAUAGAUAGAACUGGACAUAAGAACUAUAGGAUAUCAAACAUGUACGCUGAAUCUUCAGACGAGUAUCUGACAUUCACACUAUCGGAUGACGGCAUUGAAAUGGUGCAUACGGACUAUUCAACAACAUUGGGAGACUUGGUUGAGUUGCAUUUACAUCAGAACAGAUCGAUCCCAGUGUUUCUAAGUGCUCUAACAAUGGAACUAUUCACACGGAUAACUAUGCAGCAAACACAAUGCUAG